AAAUGUUUGACAUUUGUUUUGUGCCGCUCAGAUGCUGAAGAAGAUUUCCUCCAAAGAAGCUCUGGAGGACCAAUCCACGGCCGAGCUGGACGCGCUGAAGCACAGAGACUGGGCUCGUCUGUGGGUGCAGCUGAUGAAGGAGCUGAGGCAGGGGGUGAAGCUGAAGAAGGUCCAGGAGCAGCCGUUCAACCCGCUGCCCACCGAGUUCAGCCUGACGCCCUUCGAGAUGCUGAUGCAGGACAUCCGAGCUCGCAAGUUCCAGCUUCGCAAAGUCAUGGUGGACGGUGAUAUUCCUACCAGAGUGAAGAGAAGCGCCCAUGAGCUGAUCCUGGACUUCAUCAGAUCCAGACCUCCUCUUAAACCUGUCUCAGAGCGCAGCCUUCCUCCUCCUCCUCCGCGGGAGCCUUCGCUUCAUGACCGGAUUCUGGCAGAGAUCAAGCAGGAGAGGAAGCUCAGGCCUGUGGUGCCGCACACCGCCAGGCCAUUCGGCUCGCUGCCCUGUCUGGCUCAGACGUGUCCUUGCAAUGUCAAAUCUACGUCAUGCAUCGAUCUGUCUGUGUCGGAGCCCCGGCCGUCGCUGCGGCCUCGCAUCCUGCUCAAGGCCCCGACGCUGGCGGAGAUGGAGGAGAUGAGCAUCUCUGAGGAAGAGGAGUCCCCGGACAGCGGGGACAUGAGGAGGACUGAGAGCUCUCCGGCGCCGCUGAAAAGAGACCGAUCGUUUUCGGAGCAGGACCUGGCCUUCCUCCGCGGGGACAUGCUUCCCUCGCUGUCGGAGUCAGCCCAGCUGGGCGAGACGGUCAGACUGCAGGACGUGAGGCCGCGGUCCAGAACGCUGACUGGUGCCGGAGCGCCUCCUUAUCACCGAGCUUCCUUCCCCGUCUACGGCUGGGCGCCGCCGUCUCCCGCUCGCCUGUCUCUGAGUUCGGUCGACGAGGCCACGGAGGGCCUCGAGACGACAACGGACUCCAGAAGCGGAGACCAGUGGAUGGAGGAGUUCAGCCACCCCGUUGAGAGUCUGGCCCUUACGCUGGACGAGAUCAUCAACGUGCGUCGAGUACUCGUCAAGGCAGAAAUGGAGAAAUAUCUUCAGAGCAAGGAGUUGUACAGCAACCUGAAGCGAGGAAAGGUUUGCUGCUGCUGCAGAGUGAGAUUCCCUCUCUUCUCGUGGCCAUCUACGUGCUUACUGUGCAAAAGGUCAGUGUGUGGCUCUUGUAGUGCAAAGAUGAAGAUUCCCUCCAAGAAGAUGGCUCAUAUUCCUGUGUACACGGUGGGAUUUCACAGCACCCCAAAAGGCCAUGAACACAAAAGCCAAGUCUACAAGUGAGUCUUUGCUUUUAUUGAGCAAUUUAAAAAG